AUGGCUUCGCGAUCACGGAGCCGCCCAGGCAACGUGUCGUUUGCUUUUCGGCCAAAGCGCAAAAAGCUCGCGAAAUGGCUUCGGUCCCUUUAUCUUUCGAUCGGUCCUCGUGGAAAAGCGACAGAUUCCAUGAAUGACACUAGCAGUGAAGAGGAAGACGUUGCCUCGAUCGAAAUCCAAACUCCCACUGAUAACCAUCCACAUAUCAGUAUGCGCACACAUGAACGAGGAGACGACCCUCCUGUACUGCCUUCAGACAUGGGUCGUUAUGCCGACCUCCCACCACCUCCACCGCCCCCCCAAUCUGCUAUUUCACCCCAGAUACUGGAUACGAUCCCAGUAAGGAAAUCUGGCGUUUCAACUGAAGGAAUCCCAUCACGUGAAUUCUCCGAAAUCGAAAGACAACAUGGAGAGCUGGUGAUAGAAAGAGAGGAUCUUAUGGGUUCUCGAUUUCAGAUGCAGAUGGAUAGACAGAAGAUCUCUGAGACACGUGAGAAAACAGGUACUCAAGAAGGAUUGGUGAUGGAUCAGUUGCGUACCUUCCUACAUAAGCAAGCAAUCACCUUGCCCCAAGAUAUAGCGGAAACGUUUGAGCUGAUUGAUGCUUUUCGAGACCAGCUAGGUUCACUGGAGGCAGAAUAUGAUGACACGGAACAAAAAUACACACUGAAGGAAUUAAAGUACUCGAGGAAAGAGUUGGAGUUCAUCGGAAAGUUGAAAAGCGUUCACUCGAACAGCUCUCCUGUUUCUGGAACUGAGAGAAUUCCGGCAGAUCAGAGUGCCUUGCAAGCAACUCCCGCAACUGGGGAUAGCUGGGAAAUCGUCAAUCCGAGCAACCAAAUCACCAAUUCGACUACACGGGAGAAGGCUCCACAACUAGCGUUACAACGUCAAGUGAACUCCAAUAUCCAAAAGGACGUCGGUUCGUACACGGCAGACUUUAGUCUACUUUCAAAUAAUGAACGCUUGAACACGUGGUUCGUUGAUAUUUUGUUUCAACCCAAUCUACCGAUGAACUAUCCUGAAGAAGAGGAACCCAUUAGCGGUCCGACACACGGAUCUCCGCUGAAGGAUGUUCCUGAAGGCUGGAGUUGUAUUUUCGCCUUUGGAGCGCAAUUCGAAAGCAACAAUUCGAAGGGUACUCAUGGCAAAUCUCAAGAGCAAGACAUUACUGGUUCUAGUCCUCUCUCUCUCUCUCAUGAUUUUAUCGCAAUAAGGCACAGGGAGAUGCCUUCCAAAAGAUUGCUGGUGGAUUCGACAGAGUUUCAAGGGGAGCAAAAUAUUGCUCAGAAGGCGCCGCAUCGGAAAUGCCCGUACUGGAAAGAUAGCGAAGCCUACGGUGGCACAGAUCUCGAAAUAUAUGGACCGUUCAUUAGCGAGAAAAGUCGCCUACAAAGGAGCUUCAGUAGCUCCUCGGCACCGACUGGGUUGCAAAUCUUACGAACACGCCAGUCGUGUCACAGUUUUCCUCACAAAAUGGAUUUCCAGAAUCGUCGCGACUCCAAAGCUAGUUCGCAAGAAACACGCAAAAACGGGACUAGGCCAUUGAGACCUUAUCAUACGAUAGGCGCAUCUUCAGAAAAGUCGCCUUGGGGGACCAUCAAGACUCUGAUCGAACCUCAAAUUUCACAAAGUUUCAAUCAAGGAGACGAAUAUCUCAGACGAGAGAUGCAUUUUUCUCAUCGAUUCCUCCAGCACAAUGGCGGGUAG